AUGUCGUUAAAUGAAGAGAAAGAUGAAAGGCAUUCAAAUCAACCUGUGAUGCCCAGAAAAAUUCAAGAUGAGUUAGUUAAUGUAAUCCAGACGUCUUUAAACAAUAUAGCUGCACAAGUAAGUAACCUAAAUAAAUAUGCUGAAGACCUUUUUGGGAAACUAUCUAAAGAUGUUGAUGGGGUCUCUUGCAGACUUACAGCUUUACAAGAACACAUAAUCCAGUUAACUGAUAAUAAUAACAUUAAGGAUCCAAACACAGAAUUGUCAUUGAAAACUACAGAAUCAAGAAAGACAUUUGAAAGUACAACUACUCAAACACAGCAGGUACACUCCUUCAAGCCGUUACCUGUUAAAAUGUAUGAGAAACGAGAUGCUUGUGUACAGACAUCACCUCUCAAUAUUCCUACUCUUUGUUAUCAAGAUGAUACAGAAGGAUUGAAGAUUUAUCCUGAUACUUCGCAUUGCUUUGAACUUUGUAAAGAAAAUAUUAUAGCUAAGAGUAAAGAACAAAAGGGGGGAAAGCUCAAGCAAAAGAAGAAACACCUAGAUCAUCCCAACGAACCAGAAAGCAUGCCUCAAAGUCAACUGAUUGAAGAUGAAAUUUCAGUAAAGUACAUCCAAGCUGCUUGUGAAGAGGUCUCUCAUUCAUAUGUGAAUCAACCAACUGCAAGUACCUCAUUUUCCAUUUACGCAUUUAAUGAAAUUGGUAAGCAUCUAACAAGAGCUGUAGGAAAAGUGUUAUCCAGCCCUCUACAUCUGCCAGUGAAUGGAACCAGAGACCUAAAAAAUUCACUUACCCACGUCAGUUAUGGAACAGGAAGGGGAAAAGAGUUUCAACCUCAACCUAAAGUUCGUCCUAAAACAGUGGUGUUUGUGAGCCCCACAGCACCAUCUUCACCACCUCCAUUACCACCUGAUUGGUUAGCUCUAACAAGAGCCUCAAAGAUGGAAAAUACUUCCUCAAUUAUACAUUUCCCAUCUCAGCUUCCAUCACCUGUUUUUAGAGCUCCAGUGGCAGCAUCACCUCUUGAUUGCCUGCAGACUACUCCUGAGGCAGCUUUUCCAAUCAUUCCUCCUAAAACAGACUUUUCUCCUCCAGUACCUGAGCCUUUCCAAUAUUACCAACUGACAACAGAUAAUACACUCCCGCUAGAUGAAGAUCAGAGAAUGUCUCCACCUCUAUCUCCUUUUCCAGUAACCUCACGUAGAAUUGAAACAGAAGACACAGAUAUACUUACAGAAGACACAGUUACAGUUAGAGAAGACACAGUUACAGUGGUCACAGUUACAGAUCUAGUGGACUGUGCUUCAGUUACACAGUCACCAACAUCUUUAGUUUUUCCAUCUACCAGGUCUUCUUUUGCUCAAUCAUCAAGACCUUCAGUUGCAAAAUCACAGAGACCUUUAGUUUCAUCAACACCAAGAUCUUCACUUUCACCACCAAGAUAUCUGAUUCCACCACGAACAAGAUCUUCAAUUGCACCAUUACCGAGAUCUUCAACUCCACAAACAUCACGAAGUUCAGUUCCACUAUUAUCUGCAUGUCCACAAGCAUCAAGAUCUUCAGUUCCAUCACCAAAAUUUUCAUUUACCCAGUCACCAAGAAGUUCAGUUGCUACAUUCCCUCAGGCUCCAACAGUGUCCCAAUCUUCACCAGCUCCAGUUAGCCUUGAUUUAAAACUAUCUUCAGCAACUUCACCAAUAUUCAGUAAAGCAAGGAGUACCCUGAUGGAAGCAAUUAGAAAAGGUGUUCAUUACGCAAAACUAAGGAUCAGGUGUAGUGAAAUACAAAAUGUAGAACUCUAG